CAUAUUCAGUCCCUCAAAAGAGUCUUCUGUGAAAUUCAAGCCUACAAUGGCAUCUUCUUUGUUUACAGAUCUUGAUGGUCAAUCUAUACCCGACAGCGAAAUCCUAGGAUAUGGAAGGUCAGGUGUUGUGAUACUACGUGAUGAGCUAGCCGUCAAGACGCCUUUAAGGCAUCCAUGGAGUUCUGAAGAUGAAGUUCAGGUGAAUCUGGAGGUCCUUCAGCGAGAGCAAGAAGUCUACCGUCGAUUGAAUUCCCCGGGGAGCGGUAAUGGUCAAAUUGAUGGUGUUGUGCCUUGUAUCGGCUUCUCCACGAAAGCUAUACUACUCGCCCCCUUGGAAAACGGCGACCUUCACGCCUACUUGGAAAAGAAUAAGCCUUCACAGGCACUCCAGAUGUCAUGGUUUCGUCAAAUGGCACGUACACUGGAGCAGGUCCAUGAUAAACGUGUGCUUGUGGCGGAUAUUGCUACUCGCAACUACCUCCUUGAUUCUGAUCUCUCCGUCAAACUGUGCGACCUCACCGAAGCAUCUGUUCUCCCGCUGGAUACACUAAUGGAAGCAGCCGACGAUAAUGGUUUCUCAAUACAGACAGAUAUUGGACAGCUCGGCGCAGUUAUGUACGAAGUUGUAACAGGGUCUAAAUGUGAGUUUGAUCUCUUCAAAGAUAACGCCCCUGAAGAUGGUCGAGCAACUUGGCCCCAGCGAACUUCCCUUCCCAGCACAAACGGUCUGUGGAUCGGCCAGAUAAUUGAAAAGUGCUGGACACAGGGAGGUUUUCAGAAUGCGCAUCCGUUACAUCAGGCGUUGAGUUCUUUUGGGAUGGAGAGCACAUCGCCGUCACUGUUUGAUCGUUCUCUAAGGUGUCUUACAGAGAGGAGAUCCCUGAGCAUCCUAGCAAUUGUUUUAACCGCCGCAACAGUCCUUGUGACGUGGACUCGGGACAGGCGCCACUGA